AUGACCGUGGUCAACAUUAAGGACAGGGUGAAAAACAACAAGCUGAACUUGAGCGGUCUCAACCUGACGGAGAUACCCACCAAGGAAAUCGCUCCGCUGAAAGUCUCUCAUCUAGACUUGUCCAACAACAAAAUCACUUCAACAGACAAUGUUUUUUCAUUAUUGCCCAGUCUGGUGAAGCUCGAUCUAUCCGGCAAUCAGAUUAAGAGUGUGGCCGGUGAUAUUGGUUCAUUGCAAAAACUUGCUUUCCUGUCGUUAGCCAACAACAAAAUCAAAGAUCUACCCAAGGGCUUAGGUAAACUCAAACAGUUGAAACACUUGAACUUGAGCAACAAUCCGUUGAAACCAGAACUGGUUGAAGCAGUUGGACCAUCACAAAACAACGCACAAUGCCAGUCAGCAGCUGCCAACGCUAUUCAGUAUUUGAAGGGCGAUUCCAAAAAGCAAGAUGACAAACAAAAUAAAAAGAAGGAUAAGAAAAAUACCAAAGCUUCGCCAAAUGGUGUACAAAAUGAUAAGUCAAAGAAUAAAACCAAACCCAAAAAGAAACCAGCUGGUUUUGUAUCUAAAGUUUUUGGAUUUUUCGGCAUGCUCAUUUCGUACACACUUUUGUUUGCGGUGUUGACCGGUUUAUCUUUAUAUGCCUUGUCAUACUAUGACAAGAAAGCAUAUGGUAAUGUCAAAGCUAAACUUUUGCCUGUUUGGGGAUCAGCCACAUCAAAUCUAGACCCAAAAGUAGCUUCUAAAGUCAACUAUUAUCUGCUACAAGCUGGGAAUUCUUUUGAUCAGGCAGUCCAUACCAGUAUUGAAGCAUCUAUUAAAUCAUACAAAUGGGUUAAAGCAAAUCCAACUGUACAGCAAUACGCUAAAAAUGUGCUAGACACGUGGAAAUCGUUUUGGGAUAGUGUAUUCAAGAAAGUAAAAUCUACGUGA